AUGCGCAAGCAGGUUGUUGCCGUUUAUCAUGUUAUCUCAGCCACAUACGAGCUCGCGCAGUAUAUCUUUUUACAAGAGCUGGAUAACGAGGGGUUUAAUAUUCCGUGCAGCAAAAACCUGAAAACUGCAAACAGCAUACUUGUCAACAGGCACAGGUACACGUUCAUCAAGGAGACUACGUUUAAGUGCCCGGAGCUUAUUAAUGCAGCCGGCGUUGCUAAUUAUGAGGGACUGACUAUUCUGGCCGCAAUUCCAGCGGGCAAGAUGAAGUGGGCUCUGGUGUCUGCUAAGACCAACAAAGCCGGGAAGCAACCUGACACCAGUCACAUUUUAGAUCCUGUUUGUCGCAACGGGAUGGCGCGCUUAAUUGAGAGGAUCUUUGGCACACGCUCCAAAGACUACAGCUUCGGCGACAAGGGAUUAAAGUACGACUCUGUGACCAAUACGACUAAGAAGAUCAAGGCCAAGAGGAUAAAGGCCAAGAAUAUUUCAUGGUCUCAGGUUCUGGAGACACUGACAACAGCGACAACGAUAGAACUGGCAUAG